GUGGACGCUGUUUAGGAUGACCGCUACAUACCACGCUCAGGUGCAAUGCACAGAAGAGUAAUAUUUGGCGGCGGCUUUGACAAGGCUAUUUGGAAACAUGAACUAAGUCACAUUUUCUCUUCCCGAAUGCUCCCUUGAUUUUCUUCUUCGUUGAUAGAGGUUUGUGGUUUUAUGGUGAAUUAGGAACCAGAUCAAAGGAAGCAAGAUGGAUAACUAUCAUGUCUUAGAGCUGAUUGGGGAAGGGUCUUUUGGUCGCGUCUACAAAGGAAGGAGAAAGUUCAGUGGGCAGGUUGUUGCCCUGAAGUUCAUCCCAAAAGUCGGUCGGUCGGAGAAGGACUUGAAGAAUCUGAAGAGGGAGAUAGAGAUCAUGAGAGGUCUACAGCACACAAACAUUGUGGAGAUGAUUGACAGCUUUGAGACGGAGAAAGAGGUAGUGGCAGUGACUGAUUAUGCUGAAGGAGAGCUCUUUCAAAUACUUGAAGAUGAUGGCAGCCUUCCAGAAGAACAGGUUCAAUCGAUAGCACAUCAGCUGUGCUCUGCAUUAUUCUACCUCCACUCCCACCGCAUCCUCCAUCGCGACAUGAAGCCUCAGAACAUCCUCCUAGGGAAAGGUGGCGUCGUCAAGCUGUGUGACUUUGGCUUUGCCCGGGCGAUGAGUAUCAAUACGUUAGUACUGACGUCCAUAAAGGGGACGCCACUGUAUAUGUCACCGGAGUUGGUGGAGGAGAAACCCUAUGAUCACACUGCUGAUCUCUGGGCCCUUGGGUGUAUAUUGUAUGAGCUGUUCACAGGCACGCCGCCAUUCUACACGAACAGUAUCUUCCAGCUCGUGAGCCUGAUUAUCAAAGAUCCGGUCAAGUGGCCCAAGAACAUGUCGCCGGCCUUCAAGGACUUCCUCCAAGGCUUAUUGACAAAGAACCCAAGGAAUCGCCUCCAGUGGCCUGAUCUGCUCGUCCAUCCAUUUGUUGCAGAUGGAAUGAAAGUUUCUGAUGAAGACAAACAUCUGCCCAGCCCCUUCACGAAUGCCCCAUCAGCCAGCCUGGUCUUUGCUAAGGAGCAGCAAGCCAAGGAGAAGGCACAUCCACCUGGCACGUCCAAGAUUCUAAGUAAAGCGAGGAAGAAAGCUCUGGAGGAAGAACAAAAGAAGGAGAAGACAAAGAAGGGAAAUGCUUGGGUGAAGGAUAAAAAAGACCAGGAACCAUUGCCGAAACAUCCCGACAGACCCCACACUGCUGAAUGGACCAAAACAGGCGUGAGUGGAGAAGUGACACCAACACCGCGGACUGAUCGUAUCAACAAGGACUAUGAGAAGGACCAUCCUGCUGUGGAGAUUGAGGCAAGGAAAGUCCUCAACAAAGAGAAGAAGAAGGAGAAAAAGAAUAUAGAAAAUGUCAAACUGGACACUGAGGAGGUUGACUCUGAUGAUGAGUGGCAGGGCUACGUUGAUGUGACCGACACGGCCAAUGAUCCUGAACCGUCAGUCUCCCUCAUGAGGGACAAGAACUUCAUCGCCAGAGUGAAGUCUCGAUUGAGUAGGGUUUCCACGCAGGUCUUAGAUGGGAUGCUUGAUGGUGCUUCCAAACUCCGUCCGGUUCUACGUGUGAUCACAAACCUGGUUACAAUCAAAUGUGAACUGAAAAUAGUGCUCCAGUUCAUGAAGGCCGUGUCGAUGCCGGACAUGCCGUUCUCUCUCCUUGCUAAGAUCCUUGACAGCUCCAAGGUGAAGCAGCAGCCAUGGAGCCAGCAAAUCCUGCUCGACCUCGUCGUGGCCAUCAAUGCUUACUUUGCAAGUGAGGUGAUCUGGAAUGAAAAUGCAGACAAGGCAAGCCUGCAGAGCUACUGUGAUAAUGCUGUCCAGUUUAUGAGUCUGUCACCCAAACUACUCACGCAGAAACUUGAUGAUGACCUAAAACUUCAGGAACAAACUAUUUUAUGUAUUGUGUAUCUGUGUGAGACCAUGGAACGUACCAAGGCGGGAAUAGCCACAUCGUUCUUCAGCGGUGUUGCCAGCAAGUCGGGAGAAUCCCUCGAGAUCCUACUACGCUGCACGCAAAUUGAUAGUGUUGUGCUCAAAAAGUUAGAAGGUAAAAACAUUGCUGGCAGUAACCGAGAUGCUGCUGUCCACCGCCAGUUAGAGAUGAAUGCUCUGGCUUGUGCUGGCCUCGCCGCGUUGGCUCAUCUGCCUCAUGAAACAGAUACAGGGCUUGAGGGGAAGAGGAAGGUGGCACACUAUAUCGGGGAAGCGUUGUGCGACAAGAAGAUGGUGGACGUGCGUGAUGAUUUCCUGUGUAUGAUCACUCGAGAAGAUACCUGUAAUAACGUGUUGAAGGUUGUUUAUGUUGGCUGUCAACAAUCAAGCAAUUUCUGCAAGUUCUUUGCCACGAACACGGAUCACAUGGACAGCUUGAUUCAUAUACUCCAGGGGAAGGUGCCUGUUGCUGACAUGGAGUUGAACUCGGUGCUGGAGCUUGUGAUUCACAUCUUGAGCACGCUGGUCGUCCAGCUACAGGAUAUCCCAUCGACGCUGCAAGACAACACGACCUUGAUGGUGACCGUCUUCCUCGAGUCACAGAUCGCUAGUCACACCGCUGCAGCUGCCCUCUUGUUCAGCCAGCUGAUCUACUGUGGCCAGAGUGUGGAGGUCCAUCCUGAAGACAUGUUGAUGGCAGCAUUAUCGAGCUUCACUGAUCUCACUCAGGUCCUGGUGAGGUGUCCGUUUGACUAUGGAAUAUUUGAUGGUGUGUUGCUGCUCAUGUGUCAACUCCUGAUGCAGGCUGAAGGUCCAAUCGCCAAAGCUAUCAUCGACUGUGGCCUGUGGACCAUACUAUGGCAUCGUCUCGUCCAGACGUUACAAGUGCGUAAUCCCGACACCAAUAUGCCCAUCCAUGACAUCGAAGUGGAGGAGAACGCAGACAAUGUUGGCGUGCUCAUCCCUGACUGGAGUCUUAUCUCCCCACAAGGUGUCCUCUCUGCCCUGCAGCUGGCUGUCAGUGUCUUCACCAAGGAGUCAUACCACUGCGUGCCCACGCUUGGCAAGCAUAAUGGCAUCAUCACACUGACUAUCAUUCAUCUCCUGUCGAAGGAUUUCCUUGAUAUGCUUGUCAAAAGUCCCAUGUCAGGAAGCAAUAGCCAUCAGUUAGCAGGUGAUAUAGUUAUAGAAGCCAGCCAGCUCAUGUGCUUCCCAUAUGCCAUUGAUAUCAGUGAAGAAGUGGUGGCUGACAUCAAUAAUUCGCUGUACCUGAACCAGUUCGUGGCACGCCUCCUGCAGGCCAGCAUCCUCUAUCUUGACGAGGACCAACACGACAUGACGUUUGGCCUUAUAUCACGUCUUGUACUCGGGGAUUUUACCUUCAUUGAACAGUUUGCCAAGUCACUUGAGUCACUCACUGCCGUCCCGUUCCUUACCAAGGUGAUCAUGUCAGGGAAGUCUCCCUCCAGUGUUUGUGAUAUCGUCUCUCUAUGCAGCCACAUCUGUCGGAACACCUCCGACCAUCUGGAGACCAUCAUUAAGGUAUUCAAGGGAAAAGGAGACUUCAGUCCUCUGCUGAGUGUCCUACAUCAUAACUCAGCCGUCAUCCGAUCACGAGGUCUGAACAUGGUCGGCAAUCUGAUGAAGUUCAACGAUAAGUUCUAUCCAAAUCUCCGAGAAAAAGACUUGCUGUCGGCUGUGACUGAAGGGUUGGAAGAUGAAGACAUUAAUGUUGUCAAGGGAGCAUGUUUUGCCCUGGGAAAUGCUGCCUUCCACAAUGACAAGUUGUACCUGGUCCUGACACCAACCAUACCCAAGGUCAUCAAGCUGCUCAGGAAUAGUAAUGCAAAGAUUAGGUGUCAUGCUGCUAGUGCAUUAGGCAAUCUCGGCAUGCAUUCAGGCGCCUUGGUUGAGACUUUGCAGAAGCAUAAAGUUAUUGAAGGUUUACUUGAAGCAGCGUGUCAUGAUGGCCAGUCGAGUGUCCAGGAGUGUGCGUUGGCAGCCAUACGAUCUCUCAUCUCUCAGGACAAGUUGAAACAGGUCCUUAUUCGAUCAAAUGCGAUAGACAAGUUGAAUGAGCUCCACCAGACAUCAACCCCUCGACCAUCCAGUGCUCGGCCAUCCAGUGCCCUGAGUGGACGCAGUACCAGUGCCACCACUGUGUCUCAUUACUGCAGCCGGCUUGUACAGAUAUUGGACAGUACUAAAUGAAGGGAUGUGUGAAGAAACGCUUGUCUGAAAGUCUUAUAGUUGUGUAAAUACUUCAAGAGGCUUCUACAUGGAACACACAUUGAAUGAGGCAUGGCAGUUAAUUCCUGCUGCUAAACUACUUCACAGAUUUCUUUGAGCACCGAUAUAGUUUUCACACACAUGUUCAAAUCAUCAUGUCUGUACGUUUCCUCUCAGUGCAGUAACCAGAGUGUAUUGACCAUGUUUGUUAUAGCAAUGUAAUACUAAAACAUUCCAUUCUAAUCACAUGUGAGUGUGAUAGACCAUGCUGUUAUCUCUUGUUGGGGAUUGAUAUGUGAAUUGUAAACAGACUGAAUUGAUUGAAGUAAAUCACUUUUCAUACAUUGAUGUGUUGAGAUUUGACAGGUGCAGCUUACUCUGUGUCACCUUGAGAGAUUUGACAGGUGCAGCUUACUCUGUGUCACCUUGAGAGAUUUGCUCUGUGUUUGGUGCAGAAUUGUCCUUGUAAAUGUCAUUGUUGUUGUGUAAAUGUUAUUGUGAAUACAAUGGGUGCAUGUUUUAGUGAGUGCUGGCCACACAUUCAAAUAAAUACUGUAAAAUUGA